UAGCGGAUGUACAAUCAUCGCGAAUUUAAUUAUGGGGCGUUUCAGGCCCCGAAGUGAACAUAAUUGUACACUCGCAAACUCCAUUAAAACGAGCGCUGAGGGGCUUACGUUGUAAACUUCCCUUGUUUGGACCGAAGAUAGAUAUGCCGGAUUCCCCAAUGACAUAAGGAGUGCAUCUACAUUUGGAAGUUGUCAAUAUGUUCUCUGAGGAAGAGCAGACAUCCCCUACAUCCUCCUCUUCAUCGCCACCUCCAUCCUCCCACUUCAUCGGGAGGAAAGAAGACGUUGUCCAGGCCAAGCGUGUCACCAAGCUGGUGGGCGGGAGGGACGUGCUGGUUCUGUGCCACCAGGGCAAACUCCACGCCAUGGACAUGCGCUGCUACCAUACCGGUGGACCACUGCAGGAGGGAGAUAUCGAGGAGAUUGAUGGGCGGAUGUGCAUCGUGUGUCCGUGGCACAAGUACAAGAUCACGCUGGCGGAAGGCGAGGGGCUGUACCAAGCGGUGAACCCCUCGGCUACACCCCCUAAACCCACCUGGCGCUCCAAAGGGGUCAAACAGAGGGUUCACCAGGUCACAGAGGUCAACAGGGAUGUGUAUGUCACAUUUAAUGACUCGCCGGACACCAUUGACUCUGACUUCUACCAGACAGAGAGAUACAGGGCCACUAUAAAUAAGACCCAGCCCAAGACAAAGAAAUUACUUGAGAAGGUGACAAGCAGGAAAGUGUAAGGAUUUGGGCCAUUUUGGUUGGGGGAAAACCCCUAGUGAUACUAAAUGUGUCUUUCGUUAGCACCGUGGACGGGUGGUGCAGGUACAAGACGGACUAAGUACUUCCCUAUCAGCAGCUCAAAGUGUAAUCUCUGGGUUAUCCUUUCGUAUCCUCCAGUGCACUAACUGAGCUCAAUCUCAAUCUUUUCCAAGUUUUCACAUUUGUACACACUUAAAUAUGUGUUUAAAGAUUUUCUGUUUUUCUACAGGUGCAGUCUUCCUAUAUUUCUUCAGUUUUGUUUGACUUGUAAUGUCUGCGUCUAUACAGCAAAUGUCUUCAAGAACGAAAGCAGAACUAGUUAACAUUUGUGUAUUUUAUUUUAUACAAAGGAUAGUGGUUAAGUGAUUUAAAGAUGUUUGGAUGUAAACAUUACUGGAGGAACCGAGACAGGCCUACAGUCAUGAAGAUAGAGGGGUGACAAACAUCAGAGCUAUAGAUGACACACAAUGUUUGGUCUCAGUUCAGCAGACAGAACGAAGGCAAGGGGUUUUCCAAGUGGUGCAGAUAUUCACAGCUGUCUGUGGCCAAAACAGAGAAGGACAGAGAGAUGAGAGGUUGUGUGGAAAAACAGGUGAGCUAGCACUGAUACCCUACACAGUCACAGUAUCAAGAAGCCUUGCACAGAAUAGUGUGAAAUGUUGUCCAUCGCAGUACCUGAA